AUGGUCUGCAAAGGCUUUGCGAGCAAGGUCUUCGUUCUUUUAACCGCGGGUUCACGACUUGUUCUCAGUUCGACCAAGAUUCCUGCUUGUCUGCCUAGUUGUGCAAAAGCUGCGGCAUUAUCAGUUUCCUGCUCCUUAAGCGACGCCUCUUGCAUAUGCGGAUCAACGACGUUUGCUGCUGGCGUCGAAGCAUGUCUGACGGAUAUAUGUGAUGCGUCAGAUUUCGGGGCUGCACAGCAAUAUGUCGACGGUCUCUGUCCAUCAGGACUUGCGAUCCACGUAACCGUUGGUUCAAAGCUCACAACAAUUGCAGCAGCCGCAGCCUCUUCUAAUCAUGCCUCAUCUUCCACUCACGCCGCGUCGUCCUCCACCCACAACGGCUCAUCAAGUUCUCAACACCUAACUUCUUCUACGCACGCCACAUCUUCCGCUCAUUCUGCCUCUGCAACCGUACAAGUCGUCUCAUCAUCAACACAUCCAACUUCAUCAGCAACCCAUACUGCCUCUGCGACCGUCCACGUCGUCUCAUCGUCAACACAUCCAGCUUCAUCAUCGACCCAUACUACCUCAUCUUCUGGUCACUCCACCUCAUCUUCUGGUCACUCCACCUCAUCUUCUGCUCUGUCUUCGUCAUCUUCUUCAACAGAGCUUCCAGUUGCCACUCUAGAUGCCACUUCCGUAUCCUCUUCUGAUUCAGAGACUACCACUUCAAGCUCCAUUGUAACUUCUACCAGGGGAACCACACACGGUGGCUCCGCCAUGGCAGAUGAAAGCCCCGACCAGUCUCAAGGCGGGGAUGGCGGGCACCAUGGUGGUGGUGGUGGUCACAGCCACGGCGGCGGUCACUCCUCCAAAGACCGCGGCGCAUCCUCAGCAGCCAUCGGAGGAGCCAUAGGUGGCGGUAUCGCAGCUCUCCUCCUCCUUCUCGGCGUCUUCUGGUAUUUCCUCCGCCGAUGGCGCCAGAAACUUCGCCACGAACGCGAACAACUCAAGCGUGAAAGACUCGGAGCGGCCAUGGUCGAUCCGUUUAGGAUCUCGGGAGGUCAAAUCGGUGUUCCGGUGCUGGUCGCACAGCAGCCGCCUUCGUAUCGCGGGAAGUAUGGUGUGGAUGAAGAGUCGGGUGUGGACGUGGCAGAGACGAAGACGGAGGUUCCAGAGGGACAGAAGUUGGAGAGGACGGCGGCGUGGGUGGCCAGUGCGCCUUCGGGAGAGCCACUUUCACCGGUUGUGGAGAGUUCGGCUGUACUUCCCAGCCUUGGACGAUCUCCUUCAAACGUGUCGGCUUCGUCGCCAGCACCGCCGCCAGUCCCCCCGGGAACGUACUCGGAAGUUCUCGACGCAUCCCACCCCCUCGGAUAA